GCCGCCGCCGCCCUCGCCCUGCGCGCCCUGCGCGCCGGUGGCCGGAGCCCAGCCCUAGCCGGGCGGAGCGGAGCGCGCCGAGCCUCGUCCCGCGGCCGGGCCGGGGCCGGGCCAAAGCGGCGGCGCCUGGAUGCGGACCCGGCCGCGGGGAGACGGGCGCCCGCCCCGAAGCGACUUUCGGUCCCCGACGCGCCCCGCCCGACCCCUACGAUGAAGAGGGCGUCCACUGGAGGGAGCCGGCUGCUGGCAUGGGUGCUGUGGCUGCAGGCCUGGCGGGUGGCAGCCCCGUGCCCAGGUGCUUGCGUGUGCUACAAUGAGCCCAAGGUGACGACAAGCUGCCCCCAGCAAGGCCUGCAGGCUGUGCCCCCGGGCAUCCCGGCCGCCAGCCAGCGCAUCUUCCUACAUGGCAACCGCAUCUCACAUGUGCCGGCCGCCAGCUUCCGCGCCUGCCGCAACCUCACCAUCCUGUGGCUGCACUCGAACGUGCUGGCCCGAAUCGACGCGGCCGCCUUCGCCGGCCUAGCCCUGCUGGAGCAGCUGGACCUCAGCGACAACGCGCAGCUCCGGUCUGUGGACCCUGCCACGUUCCACGGCCUGGGCCGCCUGCACACGCUGCACCUGGACCGCUGCGGCCUGCAGGAGCUGGGCCUUGGCCUGUUCCGUGGGCUGGCUGCCCUGCAGUACCUCUACCUGCAGGACAACGCACUGCAGGCGCUGCCUGACGACACCUUCCGCGACCUGGGCAACCUCACGCACCUCUUCUUGCACGGCAACCGCAUCUCCAGUGUGCCCGAGCGCGCCUUCCGUGGCCUGCACAGCCUCGACCGCCUCCUGCUGCACCAGAACCGUGUGGCCCACGUGCACCCGCACGCCUUCCGUGACCUCGGCCGUCUCAUGACUCUCUAUCUGUUUGCCAACAAUCUAUCAGCACUGCCCACCGAGGCCCUGGCGCCCCUGCGUGCCCUGCAGUACCUGAGGCUCAACGACAACCCCUGGGUGUGUGACUGCAGGGCACGCCCACUCUGGGGCUGGCUGCAGAAGUUCCGCGGCUCCUCCUCGGAAGUGCCCUGCACCCUCCCCCAACGCCUGGCCGGCCGCGACCUCAAGCGCCUAGCUGCCAGUGACCUGGAGGGCUGUGCUGUGGCUGCCAGGCCCUACCACCCCAUCUGGACCGGCCGGGCCACCAGCGAGGAGCCACUAGGGCUCCCCAAGUGCUGCCAGCCAGACGCCGCCGACAAGGCCUCAGUGCUGGAGCCUGGGAGACCGGCCUCGGCAGGCAAUGCGCUGAAGGGGCGCGUGCCGCCUGGUGACAGCCCGCCGGGCAACGGCUCCGGCCCACGGCACAUCAACGACUCCCCCUUUGGGACUCUGCCUGGCUCUGCUGAGCCCCCGCUCACCGCAGUGCGGCCCGAGGGCUCCCAGCCACCCGGGUUUCCCACCUCAGGCCCUCGCCGGAGGCCAGGCUGUUCCCGCAAGAACCGCACCCGCAGCCACUGCCGUCUGGGCCAGGCGGGCAGCGGGGGCAGCGGGACUGGUGACUUGGAGGGCUCGGGCGCCCUGCCCAGCCUCGCCUGCAGCCUCGUCCCCCUGGGCCUGGCGCUGGUGCUGUGGACAGUGCUGGGGCCCUGCUGACCCCCAGUGGACAUGACAGCGUGCUCAGCAGCCAGGUGUGUGUACAUACGGGGUCUCUCUCCACGCCGCCAGCCAGCCGGGCAGCCGACCCGUGGGGAGGCCAGGCCAGGCCCUCCCUGACGGAUGCCUCCCACCCGCCACCCCCAUCUCCACCCCAUCAUGUUUACAGGGUUCGGUGGCAGCGUUUGUUCCAGAACGCCGCCUCCCACCCAGAUCGCGGUAUAUAGAGAUAUGCAUUUUAUUUUACUUGUGUAAAAAUAUCGGACGACGUGGAAUAAAGAGCUCUUUUCUUAA